AACAGCGGCACGAGAGCACGCGCAUUCCACAGCAGCCUCUCGCGCAUCGUUUGUUUUGCGCCUCAAGAAAACCGCGAACAGAAAACAUAGUGAGAAGAUAGCGAGGAAAAGUGGAAAAACAUCAUUUUUGAUGGACUAUUGCGGGUUUAGGGGUUUGUUUGUGUAGAAAAUCGGACUUUUAUUCACUGUCGGACAUGACGCAUUCCUACAGUCAGCGUUCUCUCUUGGUACUCACGUUUUUAGGGAUUUUAUCCGCAAUAAUGUCCGCGUUAUCCGUCAUUUUGAUUUGCCAGCUCCAAACGCAACAGGCUGCUAUAAAAGAUUCGCCUACUUUCGUGUCGAGUGAGAUCACAGCCGUGUUGAUACCUGUUUCUACGGUCCUCUCAGCCUUGUCCCUAACACUCAACUUGAGCUCAGUUGUUGUGUGUUUGCUUCACAGCUAUUUCGCGACUGAAAUAUGCCGAGGAGAACCAGAUACACAAAGGGCCGAUUGGUUUCUAUUGGAUAGCAGGAUUGUCCGGCAUGUGACCAUUGGACUGUUUUGCCUUGGAGUUUCAGUUUACUUAGCUGCCAUGUCUAUUUACAUGUUAUUGGUGUUUGAAGUCGAGACCGGCAUAGCCAGUGUGUGCGUGCUCUCCUCGGGUGUUCUCAUUCUGCUACUUAUCGUUAUUCACUCCCUAAUACGGGCCGCACAUACAGCCAAACACUUCCGUAGGGAACACACCCACACCAUGUACCACAACGACCCUGAAAACAGCCUUGGAAUCCAUACAUCGAACCUAAGCAUUACGGAAAAGCCAAGGAGGCAACACAGCUUAGCCAGCCUUCAUAGACAUUUCAUCAACCCUGCUCACAUCGAUCCUAAAUCGCAGUACUCACCAUCCAACGGGCCUCACGUUCACUCUAGCGAUAAGGAUGGCUACAGUGGUGGUGGGAGCGGACGGACACACCGGACACUUUCGACAGACUCUGGCCUGUUUCACACACAGGCAAAACCCUGGAACGGCGUCAACAGCGAGAUGAGAUCUAUACUAGCUCGCAAAGCCACGGUCAAGGAUUCAACUUUAGUAUGAAUAGUAUCACAUCUAUGUGGCUAUAUAUGAAGUGCCAUAUAUAUAUAUAUAUAUAUAUAUAUAUAUAUAUAUAUAUGUAGCACUUUAUAAUGUCUAUACAUUAUUGUCUUAGAAGGCGGCUCAAUUAUUUAUGUGACAUUUAAAGCAAAAUAUGUAAAAAACUAUUUUUUUUUGUACACUUAAUAUCACCUUAUAGGUGUUAGAAAUCACACUAAUUGUUAAAUUUUAAAAUAAUAUUGUGAAAUUACUACUGAAAUACUUGAGAAUUUGUGUAGCUGUUAUUGGAUAAUGAAUGUUUUCUUUUACUUUUGCUUAAAAUACAUGUUUAUAUGUGUUUAUUCAAUGCACUGCAGCAAACGUGAUGUGCUACAGAAAACUACAACUAUAAAAAUGACACUUAAAUUACAUAUACUACAUUAUAAUAAAUUAAACCGAUUUUAAUUGGUAUUUAAAAUGUGUCAUAAUAAAUCAUGAAAUACAA